AUGUUGCUGAAUCUGGAGGAAGUCGGCACCACGGCGGUGACCAUAAGAGAACAGAGCUUUCCGAAAUCGCUAAUUGAGACCUGUAGUGUCAGUCAUAUCAGACGUGGCAAUGCAUUGAUUGAAUCAUUCGGUCUCGGCGGCAUGAUACUGUGGAAAAGAGGUGUUCAGAAACUUCAACCCGUCUCUUUGUUAGGGAAAGCGAGUGCUAUGUAUCGAUGCAAAGAUACAAGUUCCUUUUCAAAUGCAGAGCUGGCCCAGCUGAAUCUUCAACUCUCUUCUCAACACUUUUAG